AUGAGUGCCUCACGUGCCUUGAGAGCCUCAUCCAGGCUUCUCAGAAACAAUCCGGCCUCUGCGCGGUCUUCAAUUUCCCAGCAAUGGCUUUGCCGUCGAUGCGCGUCGACUUCGGUCCUCAGUAAUUACUCCGGUGGCCCGAGGUCACAGACAGCACAAUGGACACUGGACCGUCGGUGGCAGCAGCGAAGAGGUGCUGCUGGUGCUGCGGCUGCAAUGCUCGAAGAAGCGUCCGAUCCAGAUUCGCUUGCCCAGGAGACCAUCCUUGAGAACAUGUCUUCGGAGGAGGCUCGUCGACUUUCCAUGGUCAGGAACAUCGGUAUUGCAGCACACAUUGACUCCGGCAAAACGACCGCAACGGAACGAGUCCUCUUCUACACUGGCCGUAUCAACGCCAUCCACGAAGUUCGAGGCAAGGAUGCUGUUGGAGCUAAGAUGGACUCCAUGGAACUGGAAAGAGAAAAGGGUAUUACCAUCCAGUCUGCAGCCACAUUUUGUGACUGGGUCAAGAAAGAGAACGGGGAAGACAAGAAAUAUCACAUCAAUUUGAUUGACACGCCUGGCCAUAUUGACUUCACCAUUGAAGUAGAGCGGGCUCUACGAGUACUCGACGGAGCCGUCAUGAUUCUAUGCGCUGUUUCUGGCGUGCAGAGUCAGACCAUUACCGUGGAUCGUCAAAUGCGAAGGUAUAAUGUUCCUCGAAUCACAUUCAUCAACAAGAUGGACAGGAUGGGUGCCAACCCUUUCAAGGCUAUUGAGCAGAUCAACUACAAAUUGAAGAUUGCUGCAGCCGCUGUACAAGUCCCAGUCGGUACCGAAGACGAUAUCCGUGGACUCGUUGACUUGGUCACCAUGAAGACCUAUUACGCUGAGGGCGAACGUGGCGAGAUCAUCAUUACGAAGGACGAAAUACCGGCCGAAGUCCAAGACCUUGUUAAGGAACGCCGUGCCAAGCUCAUCGAGACAGUUGCUGACGUCGAUGAGGAGAUGGCAAAUAUGUUUUUGGACGAGAUUGAGCCGACCACAGAGCAACUGAGAGCUGCAAUUCGACGUGCUACUAUCUCACGUAAAUUCACACCAGUAUUUAUGGGAUCUGCUCUAGCGGAUAAAUUUAUCCAGCCUAUGCUUGAUGGAGUCUGCGACUAUCUACCCAAUCCCGGUGAGGUCGAAAACAUGGCAUUGGAUACACGAAAAAAGGAAGCGCCGGUCAAACUCAUCCCUUACAACUCGCUCCCUUUCGUCGGCCUGGCUUUCAAAUUGGAAGAAUCUAACUUUGGACAACUGACAUAUAUCCGGGUCUACCAAGGCGCUCUGAAAAAGGGCAGUAACGUCUUCAAUGCUCGAACAGACAAGAGGGUCAAGAUCCCACGUAUCGUUCGUAUGCAUUCUAAUGAAAUGGAGGAUGUGACGGAAGUAGGCGCUGGUGAGAUUUGCGCCGUCUUUGGUGUUGAAUGUGCAUCUGGAGACACUUUCACUGAUGGUCAACUUGGAUACACCAUGACCAGCAUGUACGUCCCCGAACCGGUUAUCUCGCUCAGCAUCAAACCCAGGAACAACAAAGACUUGCAGAACUUUUCGAAAGCAAUUGCUCGUUUCCAACGAGAAGACCCAACAUUCCGUGUCCAUUUCGACACGGAAAGCGAGCAAACGAUUAUUUCCGGUAUGGGUGAAUUGCACCUCGAGGUCUAUGUCGAACGCAUGCGACGAGAGUAUAAAGUCGAGUGCGAUACUGGCCCGCCGCAGGUUGCUUACCGUGAGACAAUUACCAAACGCACGGAAUUCAACCAUCUCCUCAAGAAACAAACCGGCGGUGCUGGUGAUUAUGCUCGUGUCGCUGGAUGGAUGGACACCACGGGAAAUUUGGAAGGGAAUCGAUUCGAAGAGCAAGUCAUUGGCGGCUCAAUUUCCGAAAAGUUUUUGUUUGCUUGUGAAAAGGGUUUCCACUUGUCCUGCGAGAAAGGCCCUCUCAUCGGUCACAAAGUCCUCGGUGCUCACAUGGUUAUCAACGAUGGUGCCACACAUAUGACCGACUCAAGCGAAAUGUCUUUCAAGAACGCCACGCAACAGGCUUUCCGUAACGCCUUCAUGCAAGCCGAUCCUGCUGUUCUCGAACCACUUAUGAAAGUCGUUGUCACCGCUCCCACCGAGUUUCAGGGCAACGUUGUAGGCAUGAUGCAGAAGCGCAAUGCCGUGAUCAAUGACACGGAUGUUGGCGUGGAUGAUUUCACUGCUUAUGCCGAUGUCAGUCUCAACGGUAUGUUUGGUUUUAGCAGCAACUUGCGUGCUAUGACACAAGGUAAAGGUGAAUUCAGCAUGGAGUUCAGCCACUAUGAACGUGCGCCUCCACAGUUGCAAAAGGAGCUGGUUCAGAAGUACCUCAAAGCUCAGGCUGACAGGAACAAGAAAUAA